AUGAAUGCAAACUCUGUUAGCUACGCUGUGCUUUCCUGGAAUGUCCGGGGCUUGGGGGACUCUGACAAGUGCAAAACGGUUCGCGACACUCUUGUUUCCAGCCGGGCUGACAUCAUCUGUAUCCAGGAAUCAAAACUGCACGAGGUUUCGCCUUCGAAAGCCCGCGAGUUCCUCCCUACUCCUCUCUCUGACUUCCAGGUCGUCGACGCCGACGGUUUGCGGGGCGGCCUCGUGACGGCAUGGAACGCACGCUCGCUUUCCCUCUCCUCCUCCCUCCACCGAAAACAUACGCUGACCCUCUUCUUCACCUCCACUGCCUCUGACUACUCGUUUGCGGUCACAAAUGUCUAUGCUCCAGCUGAUCAUCGGGGCUCGGAAGAGUUCCUUGCUGGGCUUGACGAGCUGGCCGCUCUGAUCACGGGGAAUUGGGUGCUUGCCGGGGAUUUCAAUCUAACAAGGGGCGAGGAUGAUAACAGUAACGGCACGGUGAACCUGCGUUUAGCUGAGAUGUUCAACGACUCCAUCCAUCGUCUAGAUCUGGAAGCUCAAACUGCAGUCAAAUCCAUGAACCGCACGAGCUCACCCGGCCCGGACGGCUUUGGCCCCAGUUUCUACACUGCAGCGUGGAGCACGGUGGCGCCCAGAGUUCAGCGCUUCGCAACGUCGUUCCAGGCCCGAGAUGCUGAUCUGGAACGAAUCAACCGCUCAUACAUUGUGAUGCUGCCCAAGCACGCUACAGCUCUGCGCCCAGGUGACUACCGCCCCAUUUGCCUGCAAAACUGCUCUCUGAAAAUUGUGGCAAAGAUGCUAACCUCACGACUGCAACAAGAGCUGCCAAAGCUGAUCGACAUUGACCAGACCGGAUUCCUCCGUGGCCGUUCAAUUGCUGAAAACUUCAUCUACGCAAUGGAGUUGGUUCAAUGCUGCCACCAACGUAAGAUCCCAACCCUUGUCCUCAAAUUAGAUUUUGCCAAAGCUUUCGAUUCAGUGGAUUGGGACAGCCUUGUUUGUAUCCUGCAAGCAAGAGGAUUCUCAGAACUUUGGUGCUCAUGGAUAAUGGAUCUCCUCACCACCUCCAAAUCCGCAGUGUUGGUGAAUGGUGUUCCUGGCCCCUGGUUCAGCUGUAAGCGGGGGCUACGGCAAGGCGACCCACUGUCGCCAUACCUGUUCCUCAUAAUUGCCGAUGUUCUCCAACAGCUGAUCAAGCAUUUCGGCGGUGUAAGGCACCCGAUUGACACAAACCUUGCCUGCCCCAUUCUCCAGUACGCCGAUGAUACCCUGCUGCUCCUCCCAGCAAACCGACUGGACCUUGAGAAUCUGAAACACCUGCUGGACAUGUUCUCCCUGGCAACAGGACUGGGCAUCAACUAUCACAAAAGUACGAUUGUGCCUAUGCAUGUCAGUGAGACGGAUGCUGCUGAACUCGCCAACAUCAUGGGAUGCCAGUUGGGGGGCUUCCCCCAGACAUAUUUGGGGCUCCCUCUAUCCAGUGACAAACUCCGCCUUGCAGCCUUCGCGCCCGCCAUCAGCAAGGUCGACAGAUACCUAGCCGGGUGGCAAGCUUCCCUCUUGAACCCCAUGGGGCGCGCCGUCCUCGUCAACUCAGUGCUUGACAGCCAGCUGAUAUACCUGAUGUCCGUGAUGCUUCUGCCCCAGGGAGCACUCGACGCUUUUGACAAACGCAGACGAGCAUUCUUGUGGGCCGGUGAGGGGCAAGUUCAUGGCGCGCAAUGCCUGGUCGCCUGGGAACGUGCCUGCCAACUCAAGGAGCAGGGCGGUCUCGGCCUCAAGAAUAUUGCCAUUCAGAACAAAAGCAUGCUUCUCAAGUUGCUCCACUGCCUGCACACCUCCGAUGACUCCUCCUGGGCACGCUGGAUCCGUGGGAGAAUUGACAUGAUCACAAUGCAUGGAGAUAUCUCCGGCCCCCAUUGGCAAGACCUGGAGAAACUGCUUCCUUUGUAUAGGUCGGUGACUGUCUGUGAAGUCAACAAUGGAGAUUCCACGUCCUUUUGGCUUGAUAGGUGGCUGUCAGUUGGCCGCCUGGUUGACACCUUUCCGCUGCUCUAUAGCCAUGCCACUGAUCCGGAGGUGUCUGUGGCUGAGGUCGUUGCUGAGGGCUUGGAUCAGUUUCUGGUUCCACGCCUCACCUGGAGAGCCCGUGCCGAACUUGACAAAGUCAGUCAGCUCCUCGACAUGGUGACCUUGCAACAGGCCGACGAUCGCCGAACCUCACCGCUUGCUGCAGCAGACAACGUCCUCCGGGCUGGUCCUGUGUAUCGCCUUGUCAUGACAACUCUGGGUGCCCCUACCAGCCCCUUCUCCACUUUUGUCUGGGAAAACAAGACACCGCCGCGAGUUCAAUUCUUCACCUGGCUCUUGGUGCAAGAACGAAUUCAGUGCAGGGCCAACUUGGUGGUGAAAAAUGUGAUUGAUUCAGCCACUUGUGCUCUCUGCCAAGCCGCGGAUGAAGACUGCAAUCACCUCCUCUUCUCCUGUCCUUUUGCAGCAAAAGUAUGGCAAGACGUCGGCUUCCAGAUCGACGAGGCUGAGGUCUCCACUCUAUGGUCUAUCCAGCGGCCGGGCGGGAUACCGGCGAAACACUACCACACCCUGCUCCACCUCCUCUGCUGGCACAUCUGGAAGCAUAGGAACGAUGUGGUGUUCAACAGUUUGCCUGCCUCGCACGCUCGGCUGUGGCAGGCCUGCAAGGAAGACGCACGGCUAUGGAGCCAACGCUGGCCAGCUGUCGAUCGUGUCAUUGUUGAUUCCUGGUGCUCACGGUUUCCCAUUAUGUAA